AUGUGUGCCUUGAAGGCUCUAGGGGUGGAGUUCAUAGUUGCGGCAUACGAAGCUGAUGCUCAGCUCGGAUACAUGUAUUCCGCUGGUCUGGUCGAUGCCGUGAUAUCCGAGGAUAGCGAUGUACUCCCGUACGGCUGCAAGGUGAUGAUUGCGAAGUUGGACCAGGCUGGAGACUGCCAGGUCGUCGACAUAUCUUGGGCUUUGAAAGGCGGUAGCAAACUCAAGGAAAAGUCGAACGAGCAAGAGGACCAGCGGCUAUCCUUUAGAGAACUUCGCAACAAGUACGGCGCUGAUUUAGCUAAUUUACGUGACUGGACUAAAGAGAUGUUCAUUGAUGCCUGUGUUCUCGCUGGAUGUGACUACUCUCAUGCAUGCAAUUUGAGCGGGAUGGGAAUUAAGACUGCAAUGAAGCUGGUUAAUAAAUAUAGAGACUGGCAACGGACUCUAAGAGCUCUGAAGAUUGAGGACAAGUUCAGGAAGCAACUCGCCUAUGAAAAGUGUGCCAUUGGUUUCCCCGCGUUUGAGACGUUCCGGAAGAACUUCGAGUUGGCUCGAGCCGUUUUCUUCUUCCAUCGAGUAUUCGAUCCGAGAACGAAGAGGUGCAUAACAAUGACGGAGGAUACAAGGUGCGAGAGAAUAUCCAGUGCCAGGAUUUGA